GUUUGUUUACAAAUAAAUUAAGUCUCAUUUUCAUAGUAAAUUAUUUAGGUAGGCAAUUUAUUUUAGUUCUUUAUGUCUACUAGAAUUUUACAAAAUGAAUUCAAAAGAUAAAAGAAACAUAGAACAUACUUCAACACCUAAACGUCGUCGUCUUUCACUCAGACGAAAAUGUUCAAAUUUAAAAACAUACAUUUACAAUGCACCUCAUGAAGAUUCUAUACCUGAAAUAGCUGAUGAAGAAACUAAUACGAUACACCGAUGUGAGUCACCACGUCUACCGUGUAACCAAGUUGAAUAUUUGAGUGAAUCUGGGAACAGUAGCGAUAUUCCAUGUUCCCCGGGAGUUUCGAAUAGCUAUGCCUUAAACAACAUCAGUAACUGGGAAUCACUAGUAUCAAGUGCAAAUAACAAGAGUUCUAGUCAUAUAAUUAAGCAAGAAAUUGAAAACAUAUCUGAUGAGAUGUUCUGUUCGCUGAUAGAAAAAUCUGUUUCUAAUCAAGAAGAAGUUGUUAUGAAAAAUGAUGAUAAUAAUGUUAAUAGUCAAGCCAAUCACAAUCAAAUCUUCAAGCUUAACUGUGGUUCCAAAGAUGAAUUAGAAACUAGAAAUGAACUUAUGCCUAUUUCUCCAAUAAUAAAUAGUAAAUCAUUUACUUUUAAUAAAGGAACUAAUCAAAAUGAAAAUAUCAAUGCCAGUACUAUUAAUUAUGAAGUAGAUAUUGAAAACUAUUUUGAUGAGAUCAACCAUACCAUAAGUAACUUCGAUACAGUAAAAUUGAAUAAAUCAUCCCUUUUUGAAACAAAGGAUUCAUUUUUACUUCACAUUAAAGAUGACAGUAUUCUAGGUCAAGAAUUCAAAUCGGAUAUUCAUGAUCUAGUUGAAAGAAAAUUAGAAACAAAAUUGAAUGACAAGCAAGCAGUAAUGAGUAAUUUGAAAAGUUCAAAUAGUUUUUAUGGGCUCCCGAUCUCUGCUAAAGAGCUAUUUAAAACUUUUAGGAAUAUAGAGAGGUUUUAUGAUUGGCAAGAGGAAUGUCUGAAUCUAGAUGCAAUAAAACAUAGAAGAAAUUUGAUAUAUGCUCUACCAACUAGUGGAGGGAAGACCUUGGUAUCUGAGGUUUUAAUGAUGAGAGAAGUCAUCAACAGGAAGAAGAAUGCUUUGUUCAUAUUACCCUAUGUUGCUAUUGUUCAGGAAAAAAUCUGGGCUUUGUCCCCGUUUGCAGUGCAGCUAGAUUUCCUAAUAGAAGAAUAUGCUGGUGGAAAAGGCAGUCUACCGCCAAAGAAACGACGCAAAAAGAACACUAUUUACAUUGCGACCAUCGAGAAGGGUUUGGCACUUGUUAGAAGUCUCAUAGAGCUGCGAAGACUGGACGAACUUGGACUUAUUGUGGUAGACGAACUUCAUCUUAUUGGAGAGAAAGGACGCGGCGGUACUCUAGAGACGUUGUUGACCACUGUCAUAUUCGUUAACCAGAAUAUACAAAUAGUCGGCAUGAGCGCGACGAUAGGGAACUUAAGCGAAGUGGCAACGUUCCUGAAGGCGGAAGUGUACGAACGUCACUUCCGUCCGGUGGAGCUGACCGAGUACGUGAAGCUCGGGAGCACGCUGCACAGGAUGCUGUGGACAGACGAGGGCUUGGAGCUUGUACCUGAUAGAGAGUUGGAUUUUAAUUACUCGGCGGAGCAGCGCGCGCGCGACCCGGACGGCGUGUGCGGGCUGCUGCGCGGGGGGCGGGGCGCGCUCGUGUUCUGUCCCACGCAGAGGAGCUGCGAGAACGUCGCCGCCACUGUAGCCGCCAUGUUGCCGCCAGAGAUGGCAGACGGUCGCGCCGAGGAACGCUUAGCUCUGGUUGAAGCUCUGAGGGCCGAGGGCUCCACCGACGCCCUGCUGCAGGCGGCGUCCUGCGGCGUGGCCUACCACCACGCGGGGCUUGCGACCGACGAGCGACACUUGUUGGAACAGGCCUUCAGGUCGGGGGUGCUGUCCACCAUAUGCUGCACGUCGACCCUGGCGGCCGGCGUGAACCUGCCGGCGGCGCGCGUGCUGCUGCGGGGCGCGGCGGGCGCGCGGGGGGGGCCGCCCGCGCUCUCCGCCGCCGCCUACCGACAGAUGGCGGGCCGGGCGGGCAGGGCGGGGCUCGCCGCCGCCGGCGAAAGCAUACUAAUAUGCAGCCCCCAGCAGUGGGAGCAUUUGAAGCCAGUACUGGAAGCGGGAGUGGCCCCGGUGACCAGCGUCCUGCGACCCUCACUAGAGAGCUUAAUACUGAGCGCCGUGACUCUACAGUUAGCGGACACUGGCCCCGAGCUGAAGAGACUGCUGGACUCCACGUUCAUGGCUGUCCCGAAGGCUGCUGAAAGCGCGGUCGCCGACACGAGGGCGGCGUGCCAGGAGGUGCUGCGGUCCCUCACGCGCGCCGGAGUCCUGGACGUUAAGGGCCAAAGGAAACUAAACCAGGACAAUGAUGAUGAGGAGCUAUACAACUCUCAGUUCGUCGUCAGCAGACUCGGACAAGCCGCUGUCAAAGGGUGCCUGUCGGUGGAGGCGGCGCGGCGGCUGGUGGCGGAGCUGCGUCGUGCGGCGCGCGGGCUGGUGCUGUGCGGGCCGCUGCACCUGCUGUACUUGGCGGCGCCGCACGACGACCCCGUGCGGCCCGACCCGAGACACUUCUACUCGCUGUACUGCGAACUGGACGACGAGGGCCUGCAGACAGCUAAGGCGCUCGGCAUCAACGAGACGAACGCGAUACGCAUGAUGACCGGGAGACCCAUGGUUUCCGUGUCGUCGCUGGUCGUGAGCCGGUUCUACAUGGCGCUGAUGCUGCGCGACCUCUGGCGACACAUGCCGCUGCACGCCGUGGCCGACAAGUACCUGGUGGGGCGGGGCCGCGUGCAGUGGCUGCUGACGGCGGGGUGCGCGGGGGCGGGGGGCGCGGCGGCGGCGUGCGAGGCGCUGGGGGCGGCGCCCUUCGCCGCGCUGCUGCAGCCGCUGGCGCUGGCGCUCAGGACGUGCGCUCACCCGCAACUACACCUGCUCAUGGAACUGCCUGCCGUGAAAAAAGCCCGUGCGCUGCAGCUGAUGCGUGCGGGAUACAAGAGAAUAGAAGACGUCGCUAAAGCUUCUCCAGAAAAUUUGACCUCCUCCAUCAGUCAUCUGUCCAGGACCGCCGCCACGCACCUCAUCAGUGCUGCCAGGAUGAUGCUCAUAGAAAAAGUUGAGAAUCUUCGUGCCGAAGCCGAAGACGUGAUGCAGGAACUGAAUUUAUGAGAGCGGACCGCGGACCGCGCCGGGAGAGUCGCGGGACUAGAUGCUGUAUGCGUCUGAAGUUAAGAGUGACAAUAACAGCGGCUACGAAUAUAUCACAGACAUCA